ACGAAGAACAAGCGGGCGAGCAGCUCGGGGGCGACCUUCGUUUAAAACGCAGGCGGGGCAUUGACAUUGACAUUGACCGAAGCACGAAGCACGAAGCGAGAGAGAGAGAGAGUGACGAGGGAAGCAGAUAGAGAAUCGAUCAAUCAAUCGGUGGGCGAGUCCGGGGGUGAGAGGGAGAGUUGAGAGAGGAGAGAUGCAGAGCAACGAGAUGGAAGGAUUAGAAUUGCCCUUGAAGGUGCAAACUCAGUGGGAGCGCGCGGCGGGACCUCUGUCGCCGAUGGAUCGCCUCAAUGCGGCCUUCGAAACCAUCCCCGUGUCCUUCUUCCCUCUUCUGGCCCUCGGCUCCGUGAUCGAGGUGAAGUCGGAUGCGAGCUUAGAGGAGGCACUUGAGAUCCUGAGCAGCCACCACAUUUACAGCGCGCCGGUGCCAGAUGUCCAAGCAGCUGCGGAAUCCAGCUGGAUGGAGAAGUAUUUGGGAAUGGUAGACUUCGCAGGGAUCAUCCAUUGGCUGCUGAAUCAGGUGAAUCUUGAACGGACUAAGUCGGAGUUGGCAACCCUGGAAGCUGGAGGUGUUGCAUCUCUUGGGGGUGACAAAUUCGUGGAAAUGAAGGCCUCUGAAGCUUUCAAAACUGCCAAGGUUUCCGAUAUAGCUGGAUCCUUUCGUUGGGCCCCUUUCAUCUCCGUGCAACAGACGGAUUCAUUGCUUACAGUGCUGCUGCUCCUUUCCAAGUAUCGAAUGAAGAGCCUGCCUGUGGUUGAGAGUGGAAAGGGCGCCAUCUUCAACUUCAUCACUCAGGGAGAUGUUAUCCAUAUGCUGUUGCAGUGCAGUGGCUUAUCUUGGUUUGACAAACUGGGAAAGUCGACCCUCAGUAAGCUUGGUCUUCCCAAAGUUCGAGAAGGAAAAUUGAUUCAGGUGGAUGAAAACGUUCAUAUAAUUGCUGCCUUCGAGAUGAUGAGCAAGAACGGGGUGGGUGGGGUUCCUGUUCUCGCAAGCGGCACCAAGAAGGUGGUCGGCAACAUCAGCGCCAGCGACGUGUCCUUUUUGCUCACUGAUCCGGAGAUUUUCCAGCACGAGAGCCCCCUUACGACAGGGAAGUUUCUGGCGGCGGUGAGGAAGCAUUUGCAAGAUAGGAAGGAGAGCUCUCCACUGCUCAGACCAAUACUGACAUGCCAUCAGAACGAGACUCUCAAAGGUUCCAUCAUCAAACUUGACGAGGCGAAGGUCCAUCGAAUCUACGUUGUUGACGAUAACCAAGACCUUAUCGGAGUUAUCACUUUGAGAGAUAUCAUUUCAACAUUCGUCGAGGAACCCGUAGGUUACUUCGGAACUUUCUUCGAUGGGGUGGUCCCAGCAUCUCCUCGAUACCCGGUUCCGGAGGUCCUUACCUGCUAGCUUUCACAUGGCCUUCAUCGAAGAACAUCGAUUCAUUCGAUUCAAGACGCUUCCUCAAUAAUAGUCCUUGUUCAUCUCAUUCUUGUGGGAAGCUGUAGACCUUUUAUAAACCGCCAAAGCUCGAAUAUGACCUGUACAUAGGUGUUCAAUUUUGUAGAUUUUCAGGACUGAUCUUCAGAGUAGGAGCUCGUCAGUCGGUUGCUACGCUUUCCAAGACCUUUCUAGCAAGUAUCUGUCAGGCUUUUCUAGCUCAUUCAAGCUUGGUCUUAGAAAAUUUUGUCGAAGCUUCUUUGAGCUCGAUCCACCCAGGAGGUGCGAGAUGUAGCACUUGGGAACUCAGAAUCAAUCAGGCUUGUUCGAGACGAGACUAGCGUGCAGACCAUCAUAAACCUGACAACUACUUGAGCUUGAUCUUCCGACGCCUCCUUACAAAGAGGACUUUCAAACCCUGUACAUGUAACUUAUGAACAAGGAGCAGGGCGAUUGCACCUGCAUGCUGCGUCCCUUGCAUUUGGCAACUCCUUGUUGUGGCCAUGUAAGCUUCAACCUCUGAAAAACACUCC